AUAAAUUUCCUUUUCGAUUUGUGUAAACAACAUCAUAAACGACUGCGGAUUACGGCAGUCGGUUGAUAAGACACGCGAAUGCAGCAAUCUCUCUCUAUGUACUAUAUAAGCUCGGCCCGCCUCGGUGCAGGACAACAGUCAGUCAAACGAAGACAACCGAAGCGCAUCACUUAACAGCUAGAGAAUGGCUCUGAUAAUACAAGGCAACAGUCCGCAAAGCUAUCGUCACAAGAAGUUCGACCUGAGGCGUCCGCGCUGUGACGAGCUGGAGCUGCAGAUCAAGGAGGAGCUGCUCGCACGCAUUGCCACACCUGGCAGCAGCAUUGGCCAUGGCUACAACAGCGGGCUGGAUUGUGAAGAGAGCAGGAGCAGUCACUGCUCCAGCGAGUACAGCGAUGUGCUUCUGUCGCUGCCCAAGCGGCGACGUCUCAAUAGCACCAUAUGCGAUGGCUCCAAUGGCUCGGAGUCUGCCUCGUCCUCGCAAUCCCUGCCGCCCGCCAUCAGUCCGGAAGCGCUAAGAGACAUUUGUAAAUAUCAUGGCAAUAUGGUGCGAAAAUUUCCCAAGAAACAACGUACGCCCAAGGAUCAGGAUAGACGCAAUAAGAACACAAUCGCUUGUCGCAUGAGCCGACGUGUUAAGAAACUCGAACACCUGGCCAUCGAGGAGCAGUACAAGGAGUUCACCGCGCAGCAUCUCAAGAUUGUGGAGCAGAGCAUGCGGGCCACAGCCUACUUCAAUCAUCUCAAUCAACUCGUCAAGCACGAUCAUCCCAAGAGUGCACCCCUGGCACCUGCUCCCGUGCCGGUCAAGAACUUCAGUAUUGACUAUUUGAUCAACGGCAUUAAGAGCGAACAGUGUUAG